GAGUGCGCCGCAGUGCCAGCGCAGGGACGAUGUGACCUAAGCUUGAACCUGGCAGCAGGAAAUACGCGGAGAAGGCGGCGGUUCAGACGCGGACAGACAAGCAGAGACGGCGGCGGUAGAGCUCGUAAAACUUCCACUGGCUAGUACUCGCUGCCAUUUGUCUCAAAGCUAACAACGAGCUAGGUAUUCUGGACCCGAAACAACGCCGGGCGGCGGACGAUGCACAAGAUGCCUGGUCAGCUUGACAGCGCGAAGCCGAGGAAGAGGAAGAGCAGCUCCGAGGUCAGAGUCUCCAGGAAGGUUUCCGCCGCUGGGAGGAAGAACCAGAGAAGUCAGAAAAUGCGCCUGCCAGCGGCGGAGGGUCCGGGGCCGAAGUCCUCCAAAGCCGCAGAUAAGCGCUCCCGCAUCAGCUGCGAAUGCCACGAGGCUGCCGACCGGAGGAGGUGCUCGGGUUCGCCGGAGCUCCAGGGUCAGGAGGGUAAGGAAAACGAGCUGAAGCCGGAGCAGGAGGUGAGCAGCUGCUGCAAAGCCGGCAGCGUCCUGGAGGAGCAGGCCUCUGAGUGCGUGGAGUCGGAGAACAACAGGCUCUUAUUCCCGGACGAUGACAGCAACCAGAUCCUCCCGGUGGAGCAGUUCUUUGGAAACCUGGAUGUUGUUCAGGACUUUCCUCAGAGGUCGCCGACUACCUCCCCCAGCGCCCGAAGGAAGGAGAGGAGCCGGCACUACUACGCGCAGGAAGACAGCGACGGCGAGGAGGCGAGCCGCGGCUGCCUUCCAGCAGAGGACGGAGCCGGCACUUAGCGACGGCGGUCAGAGCGACGUCCCGGCACUUUGGACAAAGCAACCACAAACUACCUGCUCAGACACUGCAUCUGUCGAAACCUCCCCACCAUCACAGGCGAGAGGGAAACAGAGGAGGAAGAUGGCGGAAGCAGCUGCGGCGGCAGUCGCAGAAAGGUCUCCGUCGGCGGCGCUUCUAGCUGUGUGAAGGCGUGAUGGUGAACAGGGAGGUUUCCUUCCCCACUGCUAGCCUCUGGUCUGAUAUCCUGAUGCUGAAACUUAACCCGGGGGCAAAAACACAAGUGCUUUUUAAACUGUACAGAUGAGCGUCUGCUCGCAUACAUCCAUCCCCAACUGUAGCCUAACGUUUCCAGAGGUCUCAGCGGCACUUAAGGAGCUGAUUUAAAAAAGAAAAGGAACAAAGAAUCAGUCAAGAUAUGAGAAGAAGCACCAAUCAGACUUUAGUUGCUGACUGAUUUCCAGUUUGUGAAGCUCUGAGCUGGUGGUAGAGCGUAGCCAGUCCUGACGAGCAGCACUCUGAUGUCCGGCCUUCCUCCCUCCCUCCCUCCGCUAUUCCUAAACGGUCAUUUGUGCCCAAACGUCGCGCUUUCUUCCCUCAGGAUGAACUUCCGUCCUGAAGAGUGUUUUUGUUAGCAUGGCCUUCUGUUGCAUUCCCUGAUGGGGGGGAAAACGUCGUAUUUUUCAGUUUUCAAACUAUCUAGUUCUAAUCGCUAGUCAGAGUCAGUCCUUUUUAAAAAAAUCUGCUGAUUGGGGUGCUUUUGAUGGAUCUCUUGUUUUUCUUCAGGACGUGAGUAUUGAUGCGCCGUUUGAAUGCGCUGAACACAAAAGACAAAUCUCAGCCGCAGGAUAGCUUUCCUCUGACUGACGGCACUUAGAGGAGCUAUAGCUUCAAUCCAGGGGAGCGAGUCCAGGCUGUCUCAUUUCAGGACGAUUUACGCAGGACUGCUGUAGCGCUACACUUAUCUGGCUGGGAGGAGUCCGCAUUGGGCCGCUUUAAGAUUCCCGGUCUGAGAUGCCAAAUACCGCUGAAUUAAAACUUAAAAACGCUUAAAGCCCGCUCAUGUUUCUAUAAAUUAGUUUAUAGACUAACUUGCCGUGAAUUAAAGCACAUUGAAACCUUUACUACCUUUUGUCAAUCUACCUAAACGUCCCGAGGAUCGACGGAGAGCAGCCAAAGAGCAGAUCUGUUUUUUAUCAUAAGCUCAUUGUGAUGAAUGUCUUAUUCCAGCCAUUUUUUCACCAAGUGUCUAAAAUCCAUCCUUAAAGGUUGUUGGCAGCUCCGUAAACAUGACGUCUGUAUGUAUAUAUGUACACACAAUAGUGCAGCUAAUUAUUCUGUAUAAUAUUCCUGCUGUUUAUAUUUGCGAAGCAGAAAAUAUCGAAGAUGAGUGAUCUGAGUUGAACUAACUUGAUUGAGAAAUCCAGCCUAGGCAGGUUAACUGCAAUUGCACUAGAAGUAUACCCACAGGUUUGUUUUGUAUAUCGCUGACUGAUAUGACCACUCAGAGGCAUUAUAUAUGUUUUACUGCCUUAUUUAUGUAAAAAAAACAAAAAAACAUGUUUGCCUUCAGUGUGCAACUCUUCUGACUGAUUGAAUGUCUCAUUGUUUUGGGCCAUCUUCUUAAUCCAUCCAAAUAUUUCACAUUACUGUGCCAUAUAAGACAAUAAUAAUAAUAAAAAAAAAACUUCAUGAUUUACAAA